UUAAAGAGAGAGCGAGAGAGAGAGUGUGUGUGUGAGAGAGAAGGGGGGAGAGAGAAAAUAGAAAUAAAAAAAUAUCGGGGAGAAACCGAAACCCUAACCCUAACCCUAGUUUCCCCCCUCAUUUUUUUCCGGCGAGGAGUAGCCGGCGGAAUCGGAGAAUUUGGUGAAAUUGACGCUGGAAUUGAAACUAACCACCGAGGGUUCGUGUUGUUAUUCGUUAGAUCGAUGGGAUAGGCGUUGUUGCGACGUUUCCUCGUCGAGGUAUGGCCCGGAAAUUCAUUUCUUGCUCGUCAUUUUGGUAGUUCAUUUGAGGGUUUUUCUUGCGUUUGUUUGCAAAACGCUGGAUCUGGAAAGGUUGACGUAUGGGGUGAGUUUUUGACGGGUUUCGUGAUGAUUCCUAGGAGUUUGAUCAGGUUAUUUUUGUUUAGAUUGUGUGUGAAUCUAGAGAUGAUAUUUUGGAUUGGGGUUGUUUCUAGGGGUGAUUUGGUUUUCUGAUGCGUGAUGGGUGAUCUAUAGAUUGGGAUGUUGUUCUCUGCGCAUGAAGAUGUAUGAUGGGUGAUGUGGGUUGGCACUCUCUUGGUGCUUCUGAGGGUUCUGUAGAUGGACGAUAACGUGGAGAGCUCCGUUGUUUCUGAGAAGCCCCAGCCGUCGGCUAAGACCCUGGAUGUCGUGACUUUGUACACCGAUAGCCCAAGAGCGUCUGGCAAUGAUGCCCUACGACUGGAGAAUGUAACCAAGAUCUCAAGGAGGAUCCGCAGCUCGUUGGCGAGAAGCUUUUCUGCAAAAAAUAGGACUUCUAGUAAUGGUAGUGGCUCGGGAGGCGGGCAUGAGAACAGGGGUCUGAAGAAUAGCCCAAGUUUGUCAGAAGGAAGCCACGUUGAAGGUCCUGGGAUUUCGAGCGGAAACUUGGAUGGCUUGAACAAUGGCGCCGGUCUUUUGAAGAAGAAGCGCGGCUUGUUGAAGAGAAAACAUGCGAAAAAUUCAUGGGUUAGCGGUGGAAACUGUGGAAUCAGUGGCAUCGGUUUCAGCGAGACUGUGAAAGGUAAAAAAGUUUCAUGGAUACGGAAAGUUGGAUUUUCGAGCGCACUGAAGAAUGAAGGAGUUGAUCUUGGGAGGUCCAAGAAAAGGAAGGGCAGGAAAGAAAUCAGUUUAAGUUCUUUUGAACCAGUUUUAAAGAAGAGAAAGAAUGGCAGCAAUGGUGGCUUUUGUUUCAGCUCCACUGGUCCUACUUUGAAGAAAUCUAGAUCAAGGGUAGGUGUUGCAAAAAAGCAUGCUGGAUCUGGCACUGUUGAUGAUUUGAAGAACUUGGAUCAAAUUUCUGAUGCUUCAAAGAGUGUAGCUGUAACCAAUGGCUCUGCCAAGAAUGAUUGCGUGGAUUCAGCUCUAGAGAAGCUUCAUCUCGAAGAUGGAACUGCUUUGAGUUGCAGGAGUCAUGGUUCAAAGCCUAUAGACUCUUCAAUACCAAAAGAUUGUAGCAGUUCAGUAGCCUCUAGAAAUCACUCCAAAGGUCGGCUUGUUAAUUCAAAAGAUGAGUCUCGCCCGCUUAUUGAUUCAUUGUUAAAUAAGAGGCGGAAGAUUCUGAAGAAAAUAAAGAAAGAAGAAUCUAGCAGAUGUGCUUCUGUUUUAUCCUUGGAUGAUAACGGCGUUGGUUCAGUCCCUAAGAAGAUGAUGAGUAGAAGUAUCCGGAAGAGACGGACCUCAGAUGGAACAUCCCAUGUUGAAUUGAAAGCCUUGGAUGGAAACAUAUCUGAGAAUGACAAAGAGGCUUCAUGCCUUGGUUCGAACCAUGCAGAACCUUCUAGUCAGGUAGAUAUCAAUGUCACUGAAAAGGAUGUUCAACAUUCCUUCAUGGUCAGUCAAGACCGUGCUGAUGAGUGUUCUGAUAGGAUAUUGCCCAUUGAUAUCAAAGAACAAGAACCAGAGAAUUCACUCAGCAUUGUUGCUGAACCUCCGCAUGCUAAUUGUGAAAAAUUAUCUUCUAUAGAUGCUGAUGUACAAAGAGUGGACAAGAAUGUGAACAAAGUCAGCCAAGAGAAUCUUGAUUUACGACCUGAAUGUGUUGAGGAUUCAAGUAACCUGUCAUUGUCCCAAGCUGACGAGCAAGAAAAUCUCGAACAGAAUGCUGCACAAAUGCUCUCCUCACGGUUUAAUUCAAGUUGCAAUAAUUUUGUUGGGGAUGAUUCCCAUUUAGUUCAGUAUUCAGCGAAUAGGUCAUUAUUCUCUAUGCUUUUCCAUGGCACAGGAGCCAAUUCUUUGGUUAGAGGAAAGGUGCCUGGCGCAGAUGCUCCUGCUAGGGUUCUAAGACCUAGGAAACAGAAGCAAAAACACUUUAUUAGGAGGCGCCGCCGAUUUGUUGACGUGAGAUACAGAGAAUCAGAUGCAUAUUGGGUUCUGAGCAGAAAAGUCAAGGUUUUCUGGCCUCUGGAUAAACAGUGGUACUUUGGUGAGAUAAAAAGUUAUAAUCCGAAGACUAAAUUGCACUACAUACAAUAUGAUGACCGGGAUGAAGAAUGGCUUUCCCUUGGUAAGGAGAGGUUUAAACUUUUGCUGCAUGAAGGUGAACUUGAUGAUCAUGCUGGUUGUUCAUAUGACAGUCGUUACUUGGAAAGGGAACAUGUAAAUGUUGAGCAGGAGUUCCACUCUCCAGUAGAUGAAAGCACUGGGUCAUUUUUGGACUCGGAGCCAAUAAUCUCAUGGUUAGCACGGUCAUCUUCCCGGGCAAGUUUGUCUUCUCUUGGGACAGUGAAAAUGCAGAAGAAAGCAAGUGCUUCAGGUAACGAUGUAGCCACUUGUAUCUUCUCCGAGGAUUCUAUUUUUGCCAAAAAGACAGAGCAACCUGCAUUUAUGCUUAGAAGGAAUGAGAAUGAUAAACUGGUGCCUGGUUUUGCCUCAGGAGAUGCAAGUGUUCCUUUGCAAGUGAAUGAAGCUGCACAUAGGGAUGAAGAUAAAAAACAUGAUCCUGUGCAGUUUGAUUUGAUAUCUAACAAGAGAAAGGCUCCAGUUGUUUACUUUAGGAAGCGAUUUCGCAGAAGGAAAGAAUGUCUUCCCCAUGUUAUGGAGGAACCUUCUUCUGGAAGUGUUUUAGGCUCUGUGAGCUUUCUUGCUUCUGUUGCUGACAAAGUUCGCACUUUGGAAGAUCUGGAACCUCCAGUCUCUGAUAAAGCAGUGAAACCACAUUCAUGUGAGAGCAGGUCACUGGCCUCAAAAAGCCUCUCGCUAACCAUGCCGAAUUUAGAACAUGCAUCUGCUGGUUUUGGAACACUUCUGGUGUCAACAGGCAACACUCUACAUCAGGGUAACUCUGCUUUGAAAGUAGAGCAUUGUAUGACGUCACAAUUUACUUCUAGUUUGGUUAAAUUGGAUCACGUUAGGUUGAUCCUUUGCAUCCCGUCCCAAUGGGUGUUUAGUCCCAAAGCUAUUGCAAAAGAUAUGGAGUUCUUGAAUGCCCUUCAGUUGGUUAAUUUUGGAGAAAUAAAUCCAGUAUGGCCUAAAGUUCAUCUGGAAAUGAUGAUUAUUGAUAAGGUUGUCACCCUCAACAUUUUGCUGUUUGAAGGAUGUCUCGGGCAUGCUGUAACUCUAUUGUGUUCGAUUCUUUUUAGUCUUUGUACAUCUCAGGUAUCAACAGAUUCAUAUUCUUCCACGGAGAUCAGGAGUGACACAGAUGUCCAGUUCCCAUAUAUUUCUGUCAGAUUUAAGCUUUUGGGUGAUGAGGGGAAACAGGCUGGUUUUGUAUUAUACAUCCCAUUGAAAACUGAAACUUCAAGUUGCCAAGGUGUACAUGCUUCAGAUGACAAAUUGAGCUUACCAAGUGAAUCACUGCCUUCUGUGCAACCUGCUGUUGUUGAUGUUAGGUUCUUACAGAGCAUGGAUAGUCCUGAGGAUUCGUUAGCCUUUGAGAAGAUGGGGAAACCUCAGGAAUUUACAUAUCAACACAUAUACAGGUCAUGCUAUGGAGUGUCAAUGAAUUCUUUGCCUGGUAUUUCAAUUGACAAUAUAGGAAAUUUGUCUGCAAUUUCCCUUUCUUUUGCUGCGGCACCUACAUUUUUUCUUAGUCUGCACCUGAAGUUGAUGAUAGAAAGUGCUAUUGCUUCUAGUUUCUUGCCAAAUAGCUCCAUGGAAAAGAAUUUGGGCUGUAAUAAAAGGAUUUUGAUUAAAGGGAAAGAUGGUUUAAUCAUUCAGCCUUCAUCAGGAGUUACAAAUCCACAGGCCACUGGUCCUCAGUUGUUGGGUCCUAAGCAUGGUGUAGUGGUGAGUGAUGCGCCUCCUUCCAUUGCCAGUACUGGUCAUUGGCUAAAGUGUGAUCAACAACCAUCAGAUAGAAAGCUUAAUGCCGCUGGCAUUCAUGUAGGUGUUGCAGGAUUAAAAAGAGACCACCCUUUUGAUGAUGCUCAUUGUAGGACUGUAAUUCGACUCCGAAGGUAUCCGUGCAACAUGGGGUCAUGGCAGUAUGCAGGAAGGUCCAGGCCUUCAGCUUCUACUGUUCCUCCACUUUCUGCUGUUGAUGAUCAGAUUGGUUUUCCAUCUAGCCAGGUAAGACCACUUCCAUUUGAGAGGGCAGCAGGAAAUGCAAGAAACCCAGGUAAUGAAUUGGUUGGGAAUGUUCAGGAAGGUAACUUCCGUCAUCCAAGUGCCACUGCGCCUCGGAGCAUGUCUAACAACAAUAGAAUAAAAUCAGCCCGCAAAUCAUUUUCCUGUCGCUCAAAGUCAUGGCAGGAGGGUCGUUCUGGGGUAUUGUAUAAUGAAUUUUUUGGUCGUUCAUGGAAGAACCAGAAUUUGGUUUCAGGUUCAUCACCAUCUGAUGACAGGGGCCCUUAUCGGCAUGGCAGAGUGUUGAAGCAAGAGAAUGAUGACGAUUUGAGGAGGAGCUUAGGAAAUUCUUUAAGUCCACAUAGGUUCUUGGAUUCAUUAUCCUGUGGUGCAAACAUUUUGGUCACUGUAGGGGAUCGAGGAUGGAGAGAAUGUGGGGCUCAAGUUAUGUUGGCAUCUGUUGAUCAUAAUGAUUGGAGGCUUUUAGUGAAAAUUGAAGGGUCCACUAGGUAUUCAUACAAGGCACAUCAGCUUCUUCAGCCAGGGGUAACUAAUCGAUCUAAUCAUGCCAUAAUAUGGAAGGGUGGGAAAGAUUGGAGUCUAGAAUUUGUUAACAGAAAUGAUUAUGCACUUUUUAAAGAAAUGCAUGAGGAGUGCUACAACAGGAACAUCAGGGCUGCAUCAGUCAAGAACAUACCCAUUCCUGGAGUUCGCAGGAUUGACGAUGAUGAAGCUAGCUAUUCUGCAGUUCCUUUUGUCCGUGGGGCUAGAUACUUCAGGCAGCUUGAGUCUGAGAUUGAGAUGGCCCUGAACUCAUCUCGUGUUCUAUAUGACAUGGAUAAUGAGGAUGAGGAAUGGCUCAUGCAGUUUAGGAAAUCACUGGAUAUUGAUGAGAGUCAGGUUGUGGAUGUUUCUGAUGAGAUGUAUGAAAGGGCAAUGGAUGCAUUUGAGAAGGUUGCUUAUGGUCAACAAUGUGAAGAAUUUUCCUGUGAUCAAGUAGAACACAUCACAUCUGGUAUUGGGCCAUUUGAUAUUAUGGAUGCCAUAUAUGAGCAUUGGCGAAUGAAGAGGCGGCAGAAACGGACGCCACUGAUUCGGCAAUUCCAGCCUCCAUUGUGGGAGCAAUAUCAGCGGCAGCUGAAGGAAUGGGAGUCAGCAAUGGCCAAGUUGCAAAAUUCUUCCGAUGGAUGCACUGGCAAAGGCGGGCUCAUUGAGAAGCCACCAAUGUUUGCUUUCUGUCUGCGGCCGCGGGGCCUGGAAGUACCUAACAAGGGCUCAAAGCAAAGGUCACAUAAGAAAUUCCCAGCAGUAGGGUUUAGCAAUGCCUAUCCAAGAGAACUGGAAAGUUGUCCUUUUAAUGGUAGGAGGAUGAAUGGGUCAACUGUUGGGGAUGAGAGAGCCGUAAACUCUUAUUCAAGCUAUGACUACUCCGAUGUUUCACCUCGGGUUCAGUCAUAUUCAGGGCUUUCACCCAAGUACACAUCACCCUCUGGUCCUUCAACAAGAAACAGUGAUUGGUUGGACUUUAAUCAAAGCCCUAGAGCACAUCAUAUAAACAACUCAAAGAAAAUGGGGGCUUUUGUACCAUCAACUGGUUAUGCGAGCGGAAGUAUAAGCAGGAGAAAUGGUGUAUUGCAUCUGCAAAGACCAGCUCCAUCCAAGUGGCCAAGGAAGAAGCAUUACCAGUCUGAUGGGUCUUCCAUGGAGCAGAGUUCUGACCAGUCUGGUAGUACUGAUCACGAAGAAAUCAGGUUGAGAGACCCGGUUGCUGCAGCACAGCAUGCAUCUGAAUUGGCUAGGCUUAAGCGCAUGAAGGCACAAAGGUUGUUGCAGAGGGCCGAUCUGGCUCUUCACAAGGCUAUGGUUGCUCUUGUGACUGCUGAUCUUAUACAAGCGGCAGAGAAUGAGUCAGCGGGUGGCGAAUAAAUCCUUUUGUCUGCAAGGCAGAUCAACGAUGUGCACAUAGGGCAGUGUAUCAUUUUUGCUGCACUGUGAACCACAGAUGCUAGGUGUCUUGUGGUUUGUGCUAUGAGGGUGGUCAUGGUGACCCUCGCAAAUUGGACCUACGACUUUCCAGCUUUUGCAAUCAGCAGGAAAAGUAGAGGAAGAUUUUGGUAGUGAAAACUGGAGGCAUGUGGGAGGAAUUUUGAUAUCAAAAAUUUCUGCAGGCGGGAUAGGAGAUGUAAAAUCUAAUGGUUCUUUUUAUUGUACAGAAUUAUCACGUUUGUCCUCUUUUUAUUUUCAGGAAGCUUUGCCAAUGACGGAUUCAUUGGCUCAAAUAAUAAAUCUUCAGCGCCGGCAAGCCAUGCCUUUUUUUUUUUUUCACUUUUUUCAAGUCCUUCAGUGAACAGCGGUGGUGCUGAGGAGCCAUCAAUCUUAAAAAAAUUACAAGUGCAGGCAGGUAUCAUCCUGCUGAAGUGUAUCUUUCAGUUUUAUAUCGCUAACUGUAAGUAUUUUGUGCUACUGACUUCACAGAUCA